ACGAGUACAAUCAAAAAUAUAUGCACCAACUUAUUUAAAAAAAGAAAAGAAAAGAAACAGUAACAAAACCCAUCCCCAUAUCCAGAUUUGCUUUUCUCGACGGAUAAAAAAAGAGCAUUGUAGCUGCUCUGUGAGCACAGUUCAUAAAGCAAAAUGAGGGGAGGACUAUGGCAACUAGGCCAAUCAAUCACUCGUCGUCUUGGUCAAUCCGAUAAAAAGACCAUUGCCCGUAGAUGCUAUGCCUCGGAGGCUGAUCUUAAGAAAACUGUCUUGUAUGAUUUCCAUGUUGCUAAUGGCGGAAAGAUGGUUCCUUUUGCUGGUUGGAGUAUGCCGAUCCAGUACAAAGAUUCAAUUAUGGAAUCCACUCUUAAUUGCAGGGAAAACGGCAGUCUUUUUGAUGUUUCUCAUAUGUGUGGGCUAAGUCUCAAAGGGAAGGAUAGUGUUGCGUUUCUUGAAAAGCUUGUGGUUGCUGAUGUGGCAGGACUUGCUCCUGGUACCGGUUCCCUGACUGUUUUCACAAACGAGAAAGGUGGAGCUAUUGAUGAUUCUGUCAUCACUAAGGUGACUGAUGAUCACAUUUACUUGGUUGUUAAUGCUGGCUGCCGAGAUAAGGAUUUGACUCACAUUGAAGAACACAUGAAGGCUUUUAAAGCCAAAGGUGGUGAUGUGGGUUGGCACAUCUAUGAUGAGAGAUCUCUUUUGGCUCUCCAGGGCCCUCUUGCAGGUUCGACUCUUCAGCACUUGACAAAGGAGGAUUUGAGUAAAUUUUACUUUGGGGAGUUCCGUAUUAUAGAUAUCAAUGGUGCCAAAUGUUUUCUAACUAGAACUGGAUAUACUGGUGAAGAUGGAUUUGAGAUCUCUGUUCCCUCAGAAAAUGCACUCGAUCUUACCAAAGCAAUUCUUGAAAAAUCUGAAGGGAAAGUGAGGCUGACAGGUCUUGGUGCUCGUGACAGUCUUCGUCUUGAAGCUGGACUGUGUCUAUACGGUAAUGACAUGGAGCAACACAUAACCCCUGUGGAGGCUGGUCUCACUUGGGCUAUUGGCAAGAGAAGAAGGGCUGAAGGCGGUUUUCUUGGAGCUGAGGUGAUCCUCAAGCAAAUUGCCGAUGGACCAGCCAUCAGGCGUGUUGGGAUUUUCUCGGCUGGCCCACCUGCUCGUAGUCACAGUGAGAUUCAAAAUGAAAAUGGGGAGAACAUUGGUGAGGUCACCAGCGGAGGGUUUAGCCCAUGCUUGAAGAAGAAUAUAGCCAUGGGGUACGUUAAGUCCGGAUUGCACAAACCAGGCACUAAAGUCAAGAUUGCAAUCAGAGGAAAAACAUACGAAGGGUCAAUCACCAAAAUGCCCUUCGUACCUACAAAAUAUUACAAGCCAACAUAAUCUUUUUCAUGUCUUCCGCUGUUCUAAAGGCUACCUUCUUUACAUUUAACUUGUUUCUUGUGAACUUCAAAUGCUGCAAACCUGCAAUCUUUGAUUUUGUGGUCAAAACACCUUUUUCAGGUCUAUAAUGGAGGAGUAUUUAUAUUCCAUGGUUA